GAUUUGCGAAAUUAAUUUGCAUGACGGGGAGUUGGAAACGAGGGAGCUUUUCUGGAGAGCCUUGCGUGAGAAGAGAACUGUUCAUCAUGGCCCAGGGAUCAUCCAGUGACAUGGAAGCUGCUGAUCAAGAAGAGAGCUCCCCAAACAUGAUUGUUUACAGAAAGAUAGAAGAUAUCAUUACAAAAAUGCAGGAUGACAAAGCAGGUGGAGUGCCUAUCCGAACAGUCAAAAGCUUUCUCUCAAAAAUCCCGAGUGUUGUCACAGGGAGUGACAUAGUGCAGUGGCUCAUGAAGAAUCUCAACAUUGAAGAUCCAGCUGAAGCAAUACACAUGGGGAGUCUUAUCGCAGCCCAGGGAUAUAUUUUCCCAAUCUCAGAUCAUGUACUGACUUUGAAGGAUGAUGGGACCUUCUAUCGUUUUCAGGCUCCAUAUUUUUGGCCUUCAAAUUGUUGGGAACCGGAAAACACAGAUUAUGCCAUCUAUCUCUGCAAGAGGACCAUGCAAAACAAAGCUAGGCUGGAGUUGGCAGAUUAUGAAGCCGAGAACUUAGCAAGACUUCAGAGAGCUUUUGCAAGGAAGUGGGAAUUCAUUUUUAUGCAAGCUGAAGCACAAGUAAAAAUCGACAGAAAAAAAGAUAAAACAGAAAGGAAAAUUUUGGAUAGCCAAGAAAGAGCCUUCUGGGAUGUCCAUCGGCCAGUGCCAGGCUGUGUGAACACAACAGAAAUGGACAUCAGAAAGUGUCGGCGUAUGAAAAAUCCACAGAGGGUCAAAAAGUCUGUCUACGGUGUUACAGAAGACAGUCAGUCCCAAAGCCCUGUACAUAUGCCCUCCCAACCAGUCCGAAAAACAACAAAAGAUGAUGUCCGGAAACAAAUAUCAUUUCUGAAUGUGCAGAUAGACAGACACUGUUUAAAAAUGUCUAAAGUAGCAGAAAGUUUAAUUACUUACUCAGAUCAGUACAUUGAUUAUGAUCCUUUUAUAACUCCUGCUGAACCUUCCAAUCCCUGGAUGAGUGAUGACACUGUGUUUUGGGACUUAGAAAUAAGCAAAGAACCUUCUCAACAUCGAGUGAAAAGGUGGGGCUUUUCUAUAGAUGAAAUAUUGAAAGAUCCAGUGGGACGGGAACAGUUUCUUCGGUUUUUGGAAUCCGAAUUCAGUUCUGAAAACCUCAGGUUCUGGUUGGCAGUCCAAGACCUCAAGAAACAGCCUUUGCAAGAUGUAGCGCCCAGAGUGGAAGAGAUCUGGCAAGAGUUCCUGGCCCCUGGGGCCCAGAGUGCCAUCAACCUGGAUUCUCACAGCUAUGAGAUAACAAGCCAAAAUGUCAAAGACCCAGGGAGGUACACAUAUGAGGAUGCACAGGAACAUAUUUACAAGCUGAUGAAGAGUGACAGCUAUGCACGUUUUCUCCGGUCUAAUGCUUACCAAGACUUGUUGAUGGCAAAGAAGAAGCCCGUGAAUGAGCAAGGUCGUAGAACUUCUCUAGAAAAGUUCACACACAGUGUGGGGAAGUCACUGGCAGGCAAGCGCCUCACAGGCUUGAUGCAAUCUUCUUGACAGCGUGGUCUCCGGCAAGCAGUUGCUGACAUCUCCGAAGGACAGCUGCACUCGACCUCUUCCACCUCCACCUCCUCCUCCUCCUCCUCCUUUGCGAAGGAAAUAUCAUUUGGGGGCAAAAUGGGUCGUUGUGUGUUAUGUGGGUGUACGAAUGCAAGAGCACGGAGACAAGGUCGGAAGCACAGGGUCAGAGAAGGGAAGGCGAGAUGGAGGGUCUGGCCCUCUGGAGGUUCCUCUUUUCAUAGUUUACAUCAACACUUUUCUUACUUGUACAGCUUUGUAAUGGCACUGAGUACUAUGAAAAGAAUACUCUGUUUCUCCUUUGACUUGUUGUGUAUAGGAUUCUUGCAGAAUCCAAGAUGGGCUGUAAGUAUUACUUAAUGUUGGCGUCCUAAGGGAAAUCUAGGUCAAGAACUGCUGGUUGAGAUCAGUAUUCAUAAUGCAGGCACUUUCUCAUAUUCCUAGUUGCUGCCGCUGCUACUGCUGCUGCAUGUCAACAGACACCAGUGUCCAUCUUCCACUUCUCUCACUCGUACUGGCUGGCCUUUCUUCUGCCUAGCUAUGAUUAAUGGGGAACGGAUUCGACAGUAACACCUAAGAUUUGGCAUCCUUCCCAAAACCUGGAAAGUCCCUUCUAUAUGAAAGAAUAGCAUAUCUUUUUUUAAAAAAAAAAUGGUACCAUGCUAGAUCAGAAAUGCAGAAGUAUGUCAGGAAGGAAGGCUCAAGGUGAUGGGAGAAAGCAUUCAAAAUAUCGUAGAGAACUCCUAUGGAUACUGCUACACAUGCCCCACUGAUCCCUUUUGUUGCAGCAUCUAAGGGGCCAAUAAAAUAAUCUAACACUUCUUACAGUAGAGAGAGAAGAGGAAAAUUCCUACCAUGAUGAGAUAAUUGGCAUAAUUUCCUUCACUUUUUGAAAACUGUUCUCAAAUAUACUUUGCUUUUUCCUAAUCAUCCAUUGUCAGUAAUAUUUGUCAAAGAAGAAAGUAUGUUGGAAGCUUCAGUGGAAGGGACCAACCCAGCAGCUAAGUCACCUAAGGAUCUGGUCCAUAGAGGCACACAUUUAAGCUGCCUGGUCUCAGUAGAGUUGCUUUGCAUCUAAUCGUCAUCACCAUCACCAUGCGCCGUCAAUUCUGAUUUAUAGUGACCCCUUUCAGGGCUUUCCAGGUACAGUGUGCUCAGAAGUGGUUUAGCAUUCCCUUCUUCUGGGGUUACCCCAGGACUCUGAAGCUUGCCCAGGGUUGCAUAGGCUGCCUUUACUCGGAAGAGGCACAAUGGGGAAUUGAACUCCCAAACUCUGGCUCCUCAGCUAGAUAACCUAAACUGCUGAGCUAUCCAUGUGCACAUGUUAAAAAAAUUGGCCCUGCUUAUCAGGUAAUAUUGUGAAAAUGCUGCACUAGAGUUGCACACUAUCUGUGUUGCCCAACCAUGUAUGGUGGCCUCAGCUGGGCAAGUGUUUGGCUGUCCCUCUCCCUGCUUACAGCUCCAGGAAAACAGUAGGCACAGAAGGCUACUAGGCUUCUCACUCAGAAGGCAGGUGCCGUCCACGGCUGUUCGGGGUGGGCUGCCUUCAGCUAGUUGUUUGACAAAUUGCACAGGUUAGCUUUAUACACACGCAAAAGUUAGGAAACAUCACCACAUUUGAAAAGUGACACUGAGUUAGGGGAGGAGGGUUUUGCUUUCUUAUGUGUUUGCACCUUUUUCAUAUUCCUUUUCUCAUUAUAGUUAUGCCACAGUUAAGUCAAACAGAGUAAACUGAAUCGAUUGAAAAAUGGAGGUAUUUCCUGCUCUUCAUAACACAGGAAGUUGAGAUGAGAGGUAUUUUGUGCUGGCAAAAUCUCUGUGGGGCUCUUUGAGAUACAGUUGUCUCGGAAUGAAUUGGCUGGCUGAGAGAGGAGAAAAAGGAAACACCCAAACAUUUUAAAAGAGUCUAAAAAGAUUUGGUAGCAUGAUUUCUUCUGUAAUGUCAUGAUAGCUGAGAAACCUUUUCCACAACAUGGCAAUAAAAUGAGGUUUGGCUGAAACUUUGUCUGCUAGCUCAGCGAGGAGGGGGACAUAAUCCCAGUGCUUCCUCAAAAUUGUUUUUCCAGCGGUAAGAACUAAGAAAUGGGAACAUAGCACAGAAAGAACUGGUGGUGGUGAUAAAGAGUUCGUUGCUUGCAACACCAAAAGAUUUUGUAGUAAAACUAGCCAUCUGGCAACAAGGACAAAGUAGUCUGUUCCAGAGCAUAAAAAGCUUCAUUGUCCAGAUUACAACUCCUAGCAAUCCCAAAUCUGGGGCAUUAUGGGAGUUGUAGUCCAAAAAAAGUGGAAGUUUUCACAUUCUACUCUAUUAUUUGCUAUCAUGAUGAUGGACCUGCCCUUCCUUGGCUGGCACUCUUUAAAGGAGUUGACUGCACUGACUGGGAACGAUGGGAGUAGCAUGCCAGCACAUUGGAAGGGUACCAAGACUACAGGGAGACAAGCAUAAAUAAAAGAAGUUCAGUUUCCCAAAAGUAAUUUACCGUCAUUGAAAUGGAUUAACCAAUGCUGAUAUGUUUGUAUUUAAGAGAGUUGACCUUUUUCGGAUGAUAUAUACAGAAAAGGAGGUCUCGCUUGAAUUGUACACGCAGCUUCUUCUGCCUUAAAAAUUACAGGGGAACACUUUUAGCAAUGUCUGUGUCAUGGAAGGACUAAUCUUCCUUGUCCAACACUCUGUGUAACUCUGUUCUGCCAUCAUUGUCUUGUACAACAGGACAAAGUCAAUAAUUUUCUCUCAGAUGCCGAGUAGGAUUUCUCAAUCCCCUCUCCUUAGAACUAAUUGGGGAAAAUUAGUGCUGUGCUUUAUAGAUAUCCAAAAUAGGUGCUUCCCACAUGACAGAGGAACAACGGGAAGUCUUUAGACAGAUAUGUCCCUGGAAGUCAAGACAAUAUGCAUGGGGUUCCCAACUAGCCAAUGAGCAGAUGUAAGUAGCUACUUCACAUGCCCAAAAACUGCCAUCCGACCGGUGUCCUAUUUUGCUCUUCUUGGCUAGCGCAGUAUAGACUGUCAAGCUUUGCUAUGCCUACUGUUACUGGCCAAUGUCUGCUGUUGUGCUUUAUGGGCAAAUCCUGCAAUUAUUUGAUCUAUUAAUGUGAAAUAACAAAGUUUUCUAUGGUAUGUUCACAAGCUCUGGCCACCAAAGUUGGUGAUAGGAAAAUUGUGACUGUACACACUCACAAAGAGUGGGUUUCAAAGGGGCCAGGCAAUGUUCCAGCAGAACUCAAGGCAAGCCCUGCGUAGCAUUCUCCUACUCACAAGUAGGACUAAAAGGGAAACAGGCACAUAAUUCUGCACAUAGCGCCCCCCACAGACAUCAGGUAUCUCUGUGUCUCCCCAACACCAUUGCAUAAAGGACCACAGAGAACUUUGUAACUGUGUUUAAAUGGACUUUCAGACCUCUGGAGAUCAGGUCUGCCAUCCACAGGAGCUCUGUGGUCAUUGUGAACCACAGGCUGUUACAGAGUACUGAACAGACCUUCGUGUUUCAUGUGUGAAGAUGUAGCAUACUUCCAAGGAUAUUGGAUAUGGGGGGAAAGGGCUUCCACGCAUUAGCAUGUUCCCACUUCCACUGUUAGGCAAGCUAUGAGAGUAUUCUUCUAAAACUAUGCAAGAUAGGAAGGAUAGUAAACAGCCCUAUUCUUCAGCUAAAUGGAGCAAAGCCUUUAAUGUGGAAGUGUGUUCAGGUUUGUGUUUUCAGAGUGCAACUCCCAGAAUUCCCCAGGCAGGCUAGCCGUUCUGCCUCAUGAAUUAUGGGAGUAGUAGUUCCAAAGAACCCCACUAAUGCCAAGUACUGUAGUUCUGCUUUCUCAAAAUGAAUUUGCAAAUAUGUUUCCUUGGUCCCAUCUGUACUCUAUACAAAGUGGUCUGAGGGCUACAUUAUAGCAUUCAGUAAAGCAAUGCUUUUGUGGUGAAUCAUUUGUAGAAACCACCAAGCAGUAGCUGUCAAUCAGAAAGUUUUGAUAUAAAAAAAAAAGAUUAAUGUUCUACUGUGUUUGCAUUAAAGGCCACUUGCCAAUAAAUGUAGCCUAGAUGAAUUUGGGGGUCCCCCGCUAAGGCAGAACAUCUGCUGGAACCUAGCAAAAGCUAAUGAAUCUAAUUAAAAUGGUGGGAUAUUUAAUUGGCAUAACAUUCCGUCUAAAGCAAAAGUCACAAUGAAUUGGUCCAUUGAUUUGUCCAGUGGGGGAGCAGCAUUCAUAACAUAGGCCCAGCCCUGCCAUUAGGCAAAGUGAGGUGUUCUUUCAGGGGGCAAGAUGCUGAGGCUUGGAUAACAGUGGGAGAGUUUGGAGGGCAAAGUUGUGUGUGUCACAUGGCCAGCCCUACCUGCAUUACCUGUCUUGUCUUUAGGUGCAGUGGAGCACAUGGUCCUCCCACCAUUGUUGGAACGUAGACUUAACUACCAAUCUCAUCAGCUUCUGUUCAUGGAUGAGGGUGCCCUUUUGCCUUAGCAA